GACUUGUAUGAAUCACGUCCGUUACGUAGAACAGUCGGCGUAGAGCUGAGCGUUCCACUCAUACUGGUUCGGUAAGUUGUGGGAAGUUUUUCCUUCAGUGGGAAUGUCAAGCUCAGAAGUCCUGGCCGGUGAAGCGGAGGGCAACGGCAGCAUAAUGGCUCAACAGAAGAACUUGGAGGGCUAUGUGGGAUUUGCAAAUCUUCCCAACCAAGUCUACAGAAAAUCGGUGAAAAGAGGAUUUGAGUUCACACUUAUGGUUGUUGGAGAAUCUGGACUGGGGAAGUCAACGCUGAUCAACUCGCUCUUUCUCACGGACUUAUACUCCCCAGACUAUCCUGGUCCAUCCCACAGGAUCAAAAAAACUGUACAGGUGGAGCAGUCAAAGGUUCUGAUAAAGGAAGGAGGGGUCCACCUUCUGCUAACCAUCGUCGACACUCCUGGCUUUGGAGAUGCUGUGGACAACAGUGACUGCUGGCAGCCAGUGACUGACCACAUCGAUAGUAAGUUUGAAGACUUCCUCAACGCAGAAUCGCGGGUCAACAGGCGGCAAAUGCCAGACAGCAGAGUUCACUGCUGCUUGUAUUUCAUUGCUCCGUCUGGACAUGGGCUGAAGCCUCUAGACACUGAAUUCAUGAAGAGGUUACAUGAAAAGGUCAACAUCAUUCCCCUCAUUGCCAAAGCUGACACAAUGACUCCUGAAGAGUGUCAACAGUUCAAAAAACAGAUCAUGAAAGAAAUCCAUGAGCAUAAAAUCAAAAUCUACGAUUUCCCAGAGACAGAUGUUGACGAGGAGAUGAAGAUGAUAAGAAAAAUCAAGGAUCGUUUACCCUUAGCUGUAGUUGGCAGCAACACGAUUAUCGAGGUCAACGGGAAACGGGUUCGUGGGAGGCAGUACCCCUGGGGUGUGGCUGAAGUUGAAAAUGGAGAUCACUGUGAUUUUACAAUUCUCCGUAACAUGCUUAUAAGGACCCAUAUGCAGGACCUGAAGGAUGUAACCAACAAUGUUCACUAUGAGAACUAUCGCAGCAGGAAGCUUGCUGCAGUCAACUAUAAUGGGAUUGACAACAAUAAGAACAAGGGGCAGCUAACCAAAACUGACACACCUGAUGGCAUGAGUCCUUUAGCACAGAUGGAGGAGGAGCGACAGGAGCAUGUGGCCAAGAUGAUGAAGAUGGAACAGGAAAUGGAGCAAGUGUUUGAAAUGAAGGUCAAAGAGAAGCUCCAGAAGCUCAAAGACUCUCAAGUUGAGCUCCAGAGGCGUCAUGAGCAGAUGAAGAAAAACCUGGAAGCUCAGUAUAAAGAACUGGAAGAUAAACGCCGUCAGUACGAGGAGGAUAAGGCCACCUGGGAGACCCAGCAGAGGAUUCUGGAGCAGCAGAAGCUAGAGGCUUCACGGACCAUUGACAAGGGCAAGAAGAAGAAGAUCUUUUAAUUCUCUGGACUGUUCCUUAUGAUCUGCCAAACUGCCAGCUUUGACUGUCAGACCAUCUCCUGGUCAAACUACACCUGCCAUUUGACCAUCUUCCUGUGUGUAUCGAAUGAAAGCCAGGGGGCAGCACUGUCUCUCUGAAUUUAACUUUUAAUUACCCUUAUUAUUUUAGUUCUGGAUGUGUUUUGGAGCACACAAACAUGUCAGCAAAGAAGAAAGACCACUUUUGAAUGUUUCUGAUGCAAAGAGUUCAGUCGUUCUUUGUUCUUCUGCUUUGGGAAUAGGUUAUGUUGCAUGAUCUUUUCAAGCCAAAAACCCAAACAAAGGGUCCACCCUUCACUUCCUGUGCACUGAAAGUGUGAGGCUGGUGGGAACUUCAGCCACUGUUGUAUUCUGCUGCUUCAACUAAAACUGUAACCAGGAGUAGCAGUCUUUAAUCGUGAUUAUUAAUAUUUUCUUACCUUCUGUUCUUUUAUAUUGGCCUUUGUAUAGAGAUGGUGUUGUGUUUUGUUUGUUAUAGUUGGUGUUCUCCAGCCCUGCUCCUGGAAACCAAACAGAAAUCUCAGAGUGGAACAAGUCAGGACAAUCGUUUGUGGGGUGCUUGGAUUUGACAUUUUCAGCUUCUACAAAUUUAGCAUAAUAUUUUCCAACAGAAACGUAUUUCAAACGAUGAUGAAGCGGACAGCACUCUGUGGUAGAUGGAGAACAUGAAGCUGUCAUGCUUCAGGUUAACAACAUUAAACAUUGGUUGGACUGCC